AUGCAUAAAAAAAAAAUAAAAAGGAAUGACCUUUAAUCUGCUCCUGAAAUAAUUAGGACUAGACAUAGACCUACUAAUCAUCUAGAAAUUGAAAGUCUAGUAAUGCAAGAUAUGCGUAAAAAAAUUCUGAAUGAUGAAAUGAACACAAUACAGUUUUAUGAUAUAGUUAUGCCUGAUUAAGAUGAAAUGAUUACUUCUCUUAAGGAUUCAACAAAGAAACCAGUUAAAUUGCAUUAGAGAGUUAGGAGAACUGAUUUAGAAAAUAAAUUAAGAUCUCGUUUGUCAAAUGAACCUGGUGCCAAAUUAUUAUUAUAAGAAAUGUAUAUAUUAUAUUUAUAUUAAAGUUAUGAGAAACUUGAAGAAGAUCCUGAUAACAAUACAAAAACAGUUCGUAAGAAAUUACAUCAAGAGGAGUAAUUUAAGGCAAAUUAAUAAUAUAAAGCUGAAAGUGAUGAUUAAUUAGUAGCAAAUUUGGAUACUUGGUACAAAGGAAUAAAAAGAAGAUGGAAAGAAGAAUAAGAGAAAUUGAAAUAGGAAUAGGAGAAAGAAAGUAUAAAUAAUAUAUAAUUUAUUAGGACUUGCUAAAAUAUAAUUCUAAGAAAAGUCAUAAUCAUUAUAAUUAUUGAGAAGAGGUGGAUUGAAUGAUAGAUCUAAAGCAAUAUAAGGAAUUCCAGCCUUUCCUAAGUUAAUUGUUGAGUCUUCAAAGUCGGAAGGAGAAUAAAGUGUAUUCAAAUAGAAAUUGAUGGGAUCCUUGUAAAAGAUAUCAGCUAUCAAGAAAAUAGAAAUGCUUCAUUAAGAUCAUUCUCUUACUAAAUAGUUGGAUAAGUAUAUGUAAUAGGGUUCAACUUUAACAUAACAAGAAUUAGCAUAGAUUGAAUUAGCUAGAGCCAAAUAAUAAGGAGAGGAAAAACAUGAUGGGACUCUAAUAUUUGAUUAUACUGUAGAAGGUUUAAAGAAUAGUUUACAUACAUUAAUUAAAAUGCAAUUAACUGAAUUUUAGAAUGCAAGUGAUCGAGCAUUAUUUUAUGAAAAAUAAACGAACUAAAUUUUAUUAUCAAUUAAUUCUAGAUUGGAAAGAUAAAAAAAUACUGUAAAAAAAAAUGAGAAAGAUCUUGAAACUUUAAGAAUGGAGAAUCAUGAAAUUCAUAAAAAAUUAAGAGCCAUAUAGGAUUUCGUAAAUAUUUGGUUUAAUUUUAGAUCAAAGAAAGAUAAGAAGAAUUGAAAGGAAUAAAUAAGAAACCUUAAUAGUCAUCAAAUUCACCUAAUAUUAAAAAUAAUGCUAGUUAAGUUGACAAUUAUAUGGUAAUUGCAGUUAAAUAAAAUGAAUUGGAAAGUUAAAUAGAUUAAAUGAGAGAUAAUUAUAACAAAUUUUAAUAAUAAAUGAAAUUGAAUGCAAUUUAAAUUGAAAAAUUAGAAUAAGAGAAUUCAAAAUUGAAUAAAAAUAAUAAAACAUUAUUAAAAUCAAUUUAAGGAUUUUUAUUAGAAUUACUUAAAAUUGGUUUAGAUUGUAGAUCAUAGGGUUUAUCUUGGAUAAUUAAAGCUGUUUGGGAUUCAGGUGAGAAAAUAGCAGAAGCAAGUUUUCCACCAUAUUUAGAUAGUAAAGCACGAGAUUUUUUAAUUACAAAAACAAGAAAGACAAUUGAAUUGAAUGAUUUGUUUAAAAAGGCUCAUUAAUUGUUCAGUAAUUAUAGAGAUUCUUCAAUUGAUACAGGAAACAAUUCCAUAGUGUCUCUAUUAUCUAAAAAUCAUUUUUCUUAAAUAGAUUCAUUAGACAUUAAGAAAUAACAUAUAGAAUAGAUUAGAUAAUAGAAAGAAUCUUAAGUAUCUCUAUUGAUAUAAGGAUUAAGUGAUACAGAAAAUAAAUUGAUCUAAUCAACUCUUACUCAUAUAUUUUAAAGUAAAGAAACAUUAAAUGAUAUAAUUUAUAAUGAAGCUUAAAGAAGAAUAGCCAAGAUGUUUAAAUCUGAAGCAAAUUAAGAAUAAUCAAUAGUGUUCACUGAAAUAAAUAACUUUGAGAAGGAUAAAUUAAUAAAGGAAUAUCAAUAAAUAUAAAAAGAUAUAGAAGUUAAGGAGGGUUUAUUUAGAAAAUUUGAGGAAACAGAAUUGUAAAGGUUAGUUAAAGAAAUUGAUUAUAAGAAUUAUUUAGCAAGGUAAUAAUUAUUAAAUAUAUAAGAUUUAAUAUCGAAGCACUAUAAGUAUUGGCUGCAUUAUUUGGAUACACAAGAGCUGAAAGAGAAUUAAUAAAAUAUGGUAUGAUGCACAAAAUGUUUAAUAAUUGAUU